AUGGUAGUCAAGGAAGAUGGGACCAAAUGGGCAUGCCAAUCGUGCCUAAAGGGUCACCGUGGCCGCCCCAUCACCCAAUGCCCGCACUGCCGCGCCGAACGCAAGAAGCGCUCAUCCCAUGUCAAAUGCGAUUGUGGAGAGAAACCCCACACCAAAGAAAAAUUUCCUAUGCCACCUCAUUCGACCUCUGGAGAACACCACUCGCCUGAACUCUACCCCGUUGCUGAAGAAUCCCCCUCAUCCGACGAACAUCGUUGCUGCUGUCCCCACGGUGGGAAGUGUGUUUGCUCAACCCACAAGGAGUCGUCCCCCGAAGAUGCUAAAGACCAAAAGGAGCCUAUCGAAGUGUCACCAAAGAAGGAUGCUGUCAAGGAAUCAUCAACCGUACCUAAGAAGUCGCUGAGCCAACGCAAACCACGCCUCACUUCACACCAGUCCGAAGGUCAUUUGACCGUUUUUGCGAAUGGCCACCACAAACCAUGCCAUCGCAACAACAAUGCUGCCCAUGAAUCUGGUGCUCCUUACAAGUUGCCUCGCUCGCAUACCACUCAACCUAUCUCGGCCAAGAGCAAUGCUCGCCGUUCAGUAGACAGCCUU